CACGGCACGGCACGGCACGGAUCAGGUCGGGAUUUUAUUUCAGUGACUGUAUGCUGCUGGGCUUUUUGUACACCGAAGUGAAGAGAAGAGGGGUCCAUUUGUUAAAGGACUGAUGUUUAACCGUGAAGAAAGUCUGCAGUGCGAGAUGUGAACGGGAUCUGGUUUGACGUAGCUUCGGGACCGGACGGGAGUUUUACAGGAUAUAUCUGUACGUGCUGUCGGUUACAGGCAGGUGAAGAUCCGCCGAAAUGAAAAGUCUUCCGACAACCUUCAGUUUAAAGCUUUAACCGACUCCUAGCUUCACUACUGGGGAAAUAAUCGUUAAAACGGCACAUUUCUUAACGGAGUUUGGCGUAACGUGUCCUCCGCCGCGUAGGAGAGAGCGGGUUUGGCUGAUGGGCAGCGGCGGGCUGCGAAGUGCUGGGAUCAGAUUAUUCUAUUCAACAGAUGUUCCUCAGAAAGGGGGGCAGCUCUGAGGGCGCCGAACAGAAGAAUAGAGGGUGCUGAUGUGCGAAGUGUUUCACUUUGAAUCUCUGACUCAUUGCUUCAUUCAGAGGUGAGCGAAGAUCUUUUAGAAUAUUCAAAUCUGAAAGGACUCUGGCGUGACGUUCCCUCCGCCCGGACAGAUUGAGCAGGAGUCUCCUUGGAAACGGUUAGUAACAGUAACCCCCCCCCCAUCAGGGAUGGUCGGUACCGAGACCCGCCUGCUCUCCCACUAAGAACCAGAACCCGGUGAUGUUCUCCGGCAGGAUGAGUCUGAGCCAGCCCAGCCUCCUGUACGGACAGCUGGAGGAGCUGCAGGAACUCGCCUUCAUAGAGAGGCCGAUCCGCAGGAGUCUCAAGACAGCGGAGGAGAUCGAUCAGCUGACUGUGGAUGAAGACCUGAAUGACAUUGAGAGAGCCGUCUACCUGCUCAGUGUGGGUCAGGAGGUGCAGAGGGCGAGCGUCAUCAGUAACCUGCCGAGCCUCGUCCGCCAGAAUCCAGCUGAGACAUUUCGUCGGGUCGUACCGAAGGUCCGGGAGGUCCUGAAUGGAACCGGAGCAGAAAUCCAGCUGGCAGCAGCAGCGUCAUUUUUAACCAUCCUGCAGGACGACAUCAUCCUGAUCCACACCCACACCUACUCCAUCCUGAAGACAGUCCUGCUGCACCUGAACCACCGAGACCCAGUGGUGAGCAACGCGUGGUUGGAGACCCUGCUGUCGGCCAUCAACGCUCUACCCAAGGAGACCAUCAAACAGGAGGUGCUGAACCCUCUCCUGUACCAGUCUCAGCUGUCUCACUCUCUUCAGGCUCGUUUGGCCAGCUGUCGCAUUUUAGGGAAAGCUGCCUGCAAGUUUGACUCUCACAUAGUGAGGAAGGAGCUGCUGCCGUUGGUUCGUUCUUUAUGUCAGGACGUGGAGUUUGAGGUCCGAGCCUGUAUGUGCCGUCAGCUGGAGAGCAUCGCCAGAGCGACAGGGAUGGACGACGCCAGGUCAGAGCUGCUUCCUGAACUGGUGGAGCUCACCGAUGAUGAGGAGAGCAGCGUCCGCCUCGCCGCCUUGGACACCCUGAUCAACCUGAUGGAGCUGAUGGACAGCGACGACAGGCUCCAUGUGGUGGUUCCCCUGGUGAUGUCGGUGUGCGAGGCGUCGUCACAGGCGGACGAAGCGGUCGUAGCGUCUUUGUCCUUCCAGUAUGGGAAACUCUGCAGCGGACUGGCAGACUCUCUGUCGGAGGAGCAGCGGGACCGGUUGGUGCAGAGGUUUAAGAUGCUCUGUGUCGCUGGUCUGCAGUCUGAAGGGAACCAGACCGACGGCAACAACGAGUCCACGCUGAUCCGCUGCAACUGCUGCUACAACCUGCCGGCCAUGGUGGUGUUUACUGACUCAGCUCACUUCCUGUCAGAGCUCUACCCGUCUUUCUCCAGUCUCUGUUGUGAUCCAGAGGUCAGCGUUCGACGGAGUGCUGCCGCCAGUUUCCACCAGGUGGUGAAGCUGCUCGGCUCAAACGUCCAGCUGGUCCACAAAGAGCUCCUGGCUCUGCUGCAGGAUGAGGCUCUGGAGGUGCUGGAUGCUCUGAUGAAUCACCUGGAAGAAACUCUGGAGGUGGUUCUUUCCAGAGGAGAGAACCUGGCGCUGGACAACAAGUUCCCGGAGCUGCUGUCGGCUCUGCUGCUAGCGGAGCAGAAGGUCGGAUGUUCUCUGCGUUGGCGGCUGCAUGAGAAGCUGCUGCAGCGUUACAGCUGCCUGGCUAGACUGCUGCCUGGAGAACUGCUGCACCAGAGCUUCUCCCAACGCAUCUUCAUCAUCCUCACCACCAACGUGUUGCCAGUUCAGAAGGAGGCGGCCCGGACGUUCUGCACAUUCCUGCGUUACAACCGCAAACAGGAGCAGCGUCAGGAGAUGAUGGAGCGACUGAUCCAAGAUCUGGCUCAGGGGCGGAGCUACUGGAACCGCCUGAGGUUCCUGGAUGUUUGUGAAAUGGCCACUGAGAUUUUCUCCAGAAAGUACUUCAACAAACACUUCCUGAUCUCUGCGCUGGAGCUGGUCCACGAUCCUGUCGCCAACGUCAGGUACAAGCUGUGCCAGCUGUUGCCCAGACUGCGAUCGUUGCUCCGCCUGCCGGCUGACAAACAGCUGUUGCAGCAGCUCGAGUUCUGCGUCCAGAAACUCCUCUGCAGAGAGAAAGACAAAGACGUGGUGGCCACCAUCCGCAAGACAGUGUUGGAACUGGACAAGCUGGACCUCACGGAGCCUUUUCACAAGAGGCAGGAGAGGGAUUUACUGGACCAGAAGAAGGAGAAGGAGGAGACCCUGCUGCUGGACAUGGAGCAGCUGGAGCGCCAGCAGAGCGAUGGGAAACUCAACUCUGAAAAACACUCGGAGAGAAAACGAAGAGACAGUAAGACAAGUCUGUCUGCUACCAAAUCCAUGUCCGUGUCUUCGUCUGGAGCCGGCUUGUCCUCCGGUAAAGAGAUGAGGAAGGCUAAACUGUCUCGGAGCCGGUCCCUCAGCAGUCAGCCGACAUCGUCCAAAGCUGCCAACUCAGACAGACCUCUGAAAGUGAAGGAGCUGAGCGGUACGUCUGGACCCGGGAAGUCCUCCAUGUUGUCGAGCAAAGACGAUUCCAUGAGGACGGCCCACUUCACUAUGGCAACCCAGUCCAACUCCUCCAUGCCGGUCCUGAUCCGUAGCAACACCACCAGCGUCCUGGACAGGGCCAGUACUCUGGACCACAGAAGCAGUACGAUGGACCACAGAAUCAGCACGCUCGACCAGAGAGAUUCUAGAACCAGUACACUGGACCACAGAACCAGCAAUAUGGACCACAGGAACAAUAUGAUGGAGCAGAGAACCGGUACAAUGGAACACAGAACCAGUACCAUUGACCAGAGAGACCACAGAACCAGUACCUCGGACCAUAGAAGCAGUACCACUGACCAGAGAGACCAUAGAACCAGUACUUUGGACCAUAGAACCAGUACUGUGGACCAGAGAGACCACAGGACCAGUACCUCGGACCAACGCUGUAAAACAAUGGACCGGGGAUGCGGGGUGAAGGACAGCCAGUCCAGAAAGCUGUCGAUAACCAGGAAGUCCAACUCUUUCAGCGUCCAGUCAGGACGAGACUGAAGAUGAUGAUGUCAUACAGCCACCAUGCCAUCAGCCAAUCAGCAGUCAGGGAGCGUUUCCAAUUCCAACAGCAGACGACCAAACGCUUCAGAACAUUACCCAGAAUGCACCAGGACACCAUCUCCUCCUUCCAGUCACUAACAAAUAGAGUCUAUUUGUAUCUACUGAGCUGCUUUUAUUUUCUGAGCACUGUGUAAUCUGAUGAUCUCAUCCUGUCACCUGAUUGGUUCAGUAAAAUCCAAACACACAAA